AUGCUAAGCUCUAUAUCUAGAAAGCAACAUCAUGAUUGUGUGAGCUGCCUGGAGCGCAUCCGUGGCGCAGAAGUACUCGCGCCGUGCGGACACCACUACGACGUGCCCUGCGUCCUCGAGCUCUUCGCCGCCGCCACACGAGACGAGUCGCUGUUUCCUCCUCGCUGCUGCCGUCAAAACAUACCCCUGACCAUGGUUCAGCCUUUUAUGGCGGCGAGCGCGCUGAAGACGUACCGGGAGAAGGCGGCGGAAUUCGGCACUCCGAAGCGGGUGUACUGCGCCAGGCCGGCCUGCAGCCGCUUCCUCGGUGCUCAGUUCGAGGCUACGCCCUCUCGAGCGGCCCCGGCUCUGAAAUGUCCCGCUGUCGGCUGCAGUACUAAGACCUGCUCUGGCUGCAAGAACGAAGUCAAAUCAUCGACUUCUCACUCAUGCGUGGCGACCGAUGCAGAUGCGGCGGUUCUCGAGCUCGCGGAGACGUCUGGCUGGGCACGUUGCCCCGGGUGCAGGACGUUGAUCGAGCUCAACCAGGGGUGCUACCACAUGACGUGCCGGUGCAAGGCCCAGUUCUGCUACCUCUGCCAGGCGCCUUGGAAGACAUGCGCUUGCCCCCAGUGGGAUGAGGAGCGGCUGUUUCACGCCGCCCAGGCCAGGGCAGAUGGCCAUCCCGGUCUGGUAUUUCGACGCGAGCCAUGGGACCGGAACCCGGGCGGACUUGUUCAGGCCCUCAUGCAACAGUUGCGCGAACAUCACGAAUGCACACAUGAGCGGUGGCAAUACAGGAGAGGGGGCGGUGGGUGUGAAGAGUGUGGCAACUACCUGCCUCACCAUCUCUAUCGUUGCAGAGAAUGUCGAAUCCUGGCGUGUCAGAGGUGUCGGCGGAACCGGCUUUCACGUAGAGGAUUGUCUUCGAUGCUCCACUACGAUGGCGAGAGGCCGGGGUCCCAUUCCACCGACAACAUCGUGCAUGACGUUGUACAUAUGGGAGUCGGAUUACUUGAGAGUCUUUGA